UAGAAGAGCAAAAGCUUGAAUUGCUUCGUCUUAUUAUCCCCAUAAAAUAUAUACGACCUCUGCUACUGCUAGUAAUAAUAGGAAUCAAGCAUGGAAAAGGAAUCAAGCAUGGAGGAGGAUUCAAAGGAGGCAUGUCUAGAUGGUGUUUUAUUGCUAGUAAUAAUAGGAUUCUUAGUAGCAUUCGUAGUGGGGCUUGUCGUUUUUUUGGUCCAUCGCAUGCCGUUAUCAGCCUUAUCACCGCCUCCAAAACUACGCAUCUAUGACUUCACGGUUUCACCUAAUUUCGCCGCCGCCGUCAACGGCAACGGUACUUCUGGAUCGCCGCCGCUCACGGCCAACUGCACCAUAGCUCUAGCUUUCGACAACGACAAUCGUUAUUCUGGCAUAGAACAGUACGAUGAGAUGGAGGUAUUGGUGGUCUGGGCCGGCCGGAACCAGACGUUUAUGCGGGCCCAUCCCGGAACCUUCUCGCAGGGUAGCCUUGAGCAAAAGCCAAUGUUGCUGGCCGCCACCGAUUCCGUCAUGCCACCGGAUCUGAAAUCGGCGGUGGUUUACACGUUCACAAUUGACCUAAAAAGUAGGGUUAAGGAAGAUCCCGGGACCCGCAGCGAGGAGGCCUUUUACAUUAAGGCAACCUGCGACGAUGUACGGGUCGGGUUUGGGUCAACGGAUGGCGUUGACCGGGUUGCCAGGAUGUUAGAUGGACCACGGAUCUGUAGGGUGGUGCAAUCAAAGUCUAGCUUCAAUCUUUGAUCACAGCUCAGUUUCAUUCGUUUCACGCACGGCCAGGAUGAAUUUGUCAGAGUCAUACUCCGAUCUGAUCUGGCUGUAUUUGUGUUGUUUUUUAAAUUUGGAUUAAUUCGAAAGCAUUUAGGGUUUUGCACGUGUUUCUAUUUUUUUUAGAAAAGUGAAAACAAUUUACAUUUAUAUAAUUGUAUAAGUGGUUCUUUUUCGUGCUCAUAUUUACUUGCCACUUUUAUGUCUUAUUCAAUACGAUUAGAAUGUU